AUGGCCAAUGUUGCACGCCUUGAAAAUGGCCAAUUUGAGGUAGCCUUGCCGUUUGUGGAAGACCAGGUUGAAAGGCUUGGAUCAUCAUUUGUUACUGCAAAACAUAGAUUCUUGAAUUUAGAGAGGCGGUUUGCUAGGGAUGUCAGCUUGUUUGAAGCAUACUCCAAAUUUGUAAGAGAGUAUAUUGAUUUAGGUCAUGCUGAACAAAUUGUGUUAACUCCGGAGGAAGCUGUCAGGAAUGAUUAUUAUUUUUUGCCUCACCAUCCAGUGGUAAAAGAUGGAAAUUUCAGUAAGAUACGAGUUGUGUUUGAUGCUUCAGCAAAGUCAUCUUCAGGUAUCUCGCUGAAUAAUAUCUUACACACUGGACCAAAAUUACAACAAGACCUUUUUUCCAUUUUAGUUAGGUUUCGGUGCCAGCAGUUUGUUUUUGUGGCGGACAUUGUCAAAAUGUACCGUCAGAUUAAGGUUCGAAACGAGGAUCAAAGGUAUCAGUUAAUAAUAUGGAGAGAUAAUCCCCAAGAGAUUUUGAAAUUUUUUAGGCUCACAACUGUGACAUAUGGCACGGCAUGCGCUCCUUACUUGGCUAUGCGGUGUUUGAAGAUGCUUGCUCAAAGCAAUUUGACAACAUAUUCAAGGGCUGCACAAGUUUUAGAUAGGGAUUGUUAUGUCGAUGACAUUAUCACAGGAGCGAACACUUCGGACGAUCUUGUUAGGAUACAAGGGGAGAUUGUCAGGUUAUUAGGUGAAGGUGGUUUCUCGUUGCACAAGUGGUCGAGCAAUUGCAGAGAGGUGCUGCAAGCAAUUCCUGAAAAGAAUAGAAGCUCAGCUGUAGCCUUGUUUUCAGAAGGAGAUACAGUCAAAACCCUUGGCCUCGCAUGGAAUCCUUCACAGGAUUGUUUUAAGAUCUCACAAAUUAAGGUUUCGGUUGCGGAGGCCCAGCAGGUUGUUGAUACCAAGCGGUCUGUGCUAUCAACUAUAGCGCAGAUCUAUGAUCCAAUUGGGCUCGUAUCUCCUGUUACUGUUACAGCUAAGUUAGUUAUGCAGGAGUUGUGGAGGCAUAAUCUGGAUUGGGAUGAAGCAUUGUCGCGAGAACUGCAAGUUAGGUGGGAUUUAUUUAAAAAUCAUUUGUCGGAUCUUGAUAACCUGACUAUUCCACGUUGUGUGUUCCAUUCGGUUCCUGUGGAUAUACAAUGCCAUGGGUUUUCAGAUGCAUCGUUGCUUGCAUAUGGGGCGUGUAUAUAUCUUCGAGCAACAUAUGCAGAUGGAACGGUGUCAUCUCAUUUACUGUGCUCUAAAUCAAAAGUAGCACCAUUGAAAAAUGUCACACUGCCAAGGUUGGAGUUAUCUGCGGCUUUGUUAUUAGCAAAGCUUUAUAAGCAGAUAACAACAAUAUCGGACAUUAAAAUCUCUGAGACCUUCUUGUGGUGUGACUCAACUAUUGUUCUUGCCUGGUUGAAGACGGAUCCUUCCCUAUUGAAAAUGUUCGUGAGCAAUAGGGUUGCGGAAAUUUUAGAUCACACGCCAGGCACAGUGUGGCGACAUGUCUGCAGCAAAGAUAAUGCGGCCGAUAUAGUAUCCAGAGGUGUAAAAACACCGUCAGAAUUAAUUGGGUAUAAUCUCUGGUGGCAUGGGCCAGCUUGGUUGUUGCAGGAUCCCACUAAUUGGCCUCAGAGGUUUGUUGAGACUGGCACAGAAGCAAUUCCAGAGCGACGAGUAUUAACAGCAACGACUGUUACUGCUUAUAAUGAGCAUUUGAAGUUAGUGUUAGAAAAAUGUUCUACCUUCAAUAAAGCAGUAAGAGUGGUUGCUUAUUGGAUUCGGUGGCCAGAAAUGUGUCGUCCAGAUAGGGGCUCCAGGCGUUUAGGGUCAUUGUUAGUUGACGAGAUAGAGAGGGCCUCUAGGCGCAUUGUUUAUUUAGCACAAAGAGAGGUUUUUGGCAAUUUGGCUGAUCAGUUAAGUUCUGGUAACCAACUUGACACCAACUUCAGCAAGCUGAAGUCAUUAAAUCCUUUUGUGGAUGCCGAAGGCUUGCUUAGAGUAGGUGGAAGGUUGGAAAACGCAGACGUAAGUUACGACCAGAAACAUCCCAUUAUAUUGCCGAAAAACCAUUUAGUGACUGACCUUCUAACUCGCUCGGAACAUGAGAGGUUAUUGCAUGCUGGCACACAAACAACAUUGGCAAACAUAAGACUUAGGUAUUGGCCUAUUGACGGACGAAACACAGUAAAACGGAUUAUUCAUAAGUGUGUGAAAUGCGCUAGAUUCAGAGCAGCCAGUACUGAACAAUUAAUGGGAAGCUUGCCUAAGGAUAGGGUCACUGCCUAUCGACCUUUUCAGGUGGUAGGGGUUGAUUUUGCAGGUCCAAUUGAAUUAAGAUCCAGUAGCGCAUUAAAGCAUAUAUUUGUUUGUUCGUCUGUAUGGCCACUAAAGCAAUUCAUAUUGAAUUAG